AUGCAUGCGUGCCAGAAGAGGCGGCUUCCAAUCCAACUGGUCGCCUUCACCAAGGUGCUCUUGCAGCCGGAGGAAAGCAAGGGCGUCGACCUCCGCGUGGAGCUCCGAGACCUUGCGGCUUACGAUGCCAAGGCUUCGAAGAGCGGUCAAUGGCAGCUGGAGCGCGGCAUCUACCAGAUUUUCGCGGGUUCGGCGGCCUCUGCCGAUCUCCUACAGCAAGCCGAGCUGGAGAUCGAGGAUCAGGCUUUCAGCUAUCCUGGCCGUGUGGCCCGCUCCUCCGGUCCGACGCAGGCCUGUGAGGCGUGUGUUCCGGAGGUGGAGUUGAUCCAGGGUGCCUCGCUCCCUGGACGCUUGCCAGUGGAUCCCUUCAUCGUCUUCGUCUUCGCGGUGGUCUACCGCAUCCCGCUUUCGGUGGCCGCGGCUUGCUUGCUUGUCUGCAUCUGCUGGCGAUGCUGCGGCUGCUGCUGCCGGAAGACGGACAAGGUUGAUGACAAGAAGGAGAGCUGA